UCUCUUCGUUUUUCUCAAGCGCGCGAUCGCGAAAAAAGGUAUUACAAUAGGAAGUGGAGACGCACGAGAGGACGGGUGGCCGUCGGGAGAGAAGCGCAUCGAUCCGCGACUGCACGAACUGCAUGAACGAGCGAUGUUGCAAUGUGUGCGGAAAAACGUUACCAACGAUAAUAACGGACGAUAGUGAGUCGAAAUAGAACACGCGAGUGUACUCGUUUUAUUCUUUGGUAGUUGUUAUUGAAAAAGCGCAGCACUUUCUAAAUGGGUCAAGUCGAGCCGGCGACACCACGAUAUGCAAGAAGCAUUGCCACCGCGAAUCACUGCCUGGCCUAGUUUCUUCUUCCUCCUCCACCACCAUCGAUACAACCACCACCACUAUCGCUACCACCACCACCAUCAUCACCACCUCCACCACCACCACCACCACCACCACCACCUUCACCACCACCACUACCACUACAACUAUCUUCAACCUCAACUCUACCACCUCCUUCACCUCGUUCUCGAGGGCAAACGAAUAAAGGGUGAGUGGGAUAACGGUGGCAUUUCACGCGGCUACCGACGCCGGUGACUCGAUUUACAAAGUCUCUUCCAUCUUCUUAUUAACGUCGUUUUAUUGUAAUAAUCGUCAUAGUUAUUGUGUCGCCAUGGAUAACGACCGUUCUCCUCCGUGAUUUGUGCCUUUCGGUUAACCUGUGCAUCGAUCAACGACUACUACUCGUAGCCGAAUACAGCCGAAUAAUAAACCGAACCGAGGUUAUCAUUGACUAGCCGAGAGAAAGAAAGAGAGAGAGAAAGAGAAAGAGAGAGAGAAAGAGAGAGAGAGAAAGAAAGAGAGAGAGAGAGAGAAAGAUAGAGAGGGUCACCUUUACAACUAUUUCUCGUAAAACUGACCUUCUUGGCCUUCAUCCGUUCUCGUCUACUCUAUGAAACAACGGCCGACGUCUUCCUUUUCAAAAAUUACGAACGCCAUAUAACGUCGUAAAGUUUUCUGUAUACGUUAAAAAUGGCAACGAACAAACCACCGGAGAUGAAUUACACGUGCGAGAUCUGUGGAUCGGAAGGUCUCAACGACGAAGAAAUGAGAUCUCACAUGGUUCUUUAUCAUCUACAAGGAGCUGCCAAUUGUCCAUUCUGUGAUCUCGACGAAAUAUCACCGGCGGAAAUGUUAGUCCACGUGAAUAGCGCUCAUUUGGAUUACUUAACACCAAGUACUCCAGAAAACGAUAUGCUGGCCUUUAUCGAUGAUGACUCUACAAUGGAGGAUCAUAGACAUGACGAAUGCCGUGGUCCUUCUCCGUCUAUGUCUCUUAGGCCACCUUAUCUUCAAAAUGGUUGGGCUGCUUCUCACAGUUCUCGUAUGCACCAACAACAAUUACAGCAACAACAGAAUUCUAAAACCCGUAAACUAGAUGCACCAGCUGCCAGUCCCAAUGUAAACAAUAACAAUAACAACAACGACAACAGUAAUGCUAAUAGCGUAUUGGAAGGUUCGGCAGGCCAUGGAUCUCCAUUGCGCUCUGGCCUAAAUCUUCAAUUACGCUCACAUGCUUCUCCUAAAUUAGCUGUUCAGGAAUGUCCAAUGUGUCCAUAUAGUUCAGACAGUCCAUUAAGACUAGAAGAACAUAUCAAUCGACAACAUUUUGAUCUCACUUCUCCAUCUUUUCCACCUUCGUCACCUCCAACUAAAGAUGGAGUCUUCAACUGCCCUUUAUGUGUAACAUCGUUUCCUAAUUCCUCUGAUCUUGAAUUACAUGUUAAUAUUGAACACAAAGAUAUACUCAGUCCUGCAAAUGGAACAGCAUUGCAAUCUGAUCUGGCUACUAUUGGUAGUGAUACACCUCCCUGUCCAGUUUGUCUCAGUACAUCGUUUAAAAAUAAUGACGACCUAACGUUACACAUCGAAGAACAUUUUAACAAAAAAAAUACUCCAUCUCCCAUAACACCAGAUCUUUCAACAGAUAGAAUGUUGGCAAAAGAUAUGGAAAGGCGAGAAAAAGAAGUUAGAAAAUUACGUGAACAACGUGAAUUUGAAAUGUUGCGAGCACAAUAUGGAAUGGACAAUCAGGGUAAUUUCAGAGAGCAAAGUGUAACUAAUAUGCAACGUGCCGUCCUUGCGGGCGAAAUGACGGUAGCAGAUUUUUAUGAAAGACAAACAGGGUUAACGGUUGCUGAAAGCAGUGGUAUCGAUGAUAGCAGUUCUUGUACACGUGGGCUGGUUCCCAAGAUAAGAGCUGUUAGUCAAACAUGCAGUAAUGUAGUAAAUACAUGGAUGUGUUCUACAGUGGAUCAUUAUGCUUCUACUUACGGAGACAAAGGCUGGGGAUGUGGUUAUAGGAAUAUGCAAAUGUUGAUUUCAUCUCUUUUACAGCAUACUGGAUACAAUGAGUUAGUGUACAAAGCUUGGAGUUCUGGCCUUGAUAGUGGAAGUACCACUGACAAUCCUUUGCGUAGUUCUAUGCCCUCCAUAUCUAGGCUCCAGAAAAUGAUAGAAUGGGCUUGGGCUCAAGGUUUUGAUAUUCAAGGUGCUGAGCAACUUGGUGGUAAACUUAUGAACACUAGGAAAUGGAUUGGUGCUACGGAAGUCGUAACUUUGUUAUCCAGUUUAAAAAUAAAAUGUCAGCUAGUAGACUUCCAUAGACCCACCAGUGUUGAUGGAGGACAUCCUGAAAUGUUUAAUUGGGUAUUACAAUAUUUCCAGAGAUGUGACGAUUUUAAACCACCACUUUAUUUGCAACAUCAAGGCCAUAGCAGAACAAUAAUGGGUGUAGAACGAUUAAGAGAUGGUUCUAUAACUAUGUUAGUAUUAGAUCCAAGUCACAGUCCAUCACAAAUGGCACAAUUUAAUAGUACGAGCAGUGCACCUGGUGCAAUGCGACUUGUGCGUAAAUCAACUGCUGCGAUGAAAGCUAGACAGUAUCAAGUAGUUGCUGUAACUGGAAUUAUGGAUACGGAAGAACAGUACCAACAAAGUAAAGUAUUACGUUCCAUGCGUGUUCCACAAGAUAGGUGAGAGUUGCUGGUCCAAAUGAAAGCACAACCGUGCCCGAAGAUAAUAGACUGCCUCAAACCGUUCUUGUCCAGCAUCCUUGAAAUUACGUGACCGCAAUGCUUUAGGUUUAUCACUAGUAUACUUGCCUCCAUUAUAGUAGCAGCAAAAUGAUUAUGUAAUAAUAUAUUCUUGCAUUACUAGCAUGAAUAACGAACUGGCUCCUUGACACAUUAUGUGUUUUAUGCGUGCGUCGCGGUAAAAAAAUUUCAGAAUUAAGAUUAUAUCAAAAUUUUGGUACAAUUCGCUUAUUAAAUUUUUCAAGCACAAAAAAUUCUAAUUCUUUACGAAAUUAUGGUGUUCCAUGUAAAUUAUAUUCUGAUAAAAUUAUUACUACUUCUGGAAGCACCUUUAUUAUCAUGUACGAGUAAAAGGAUAUAUGAAAAUUUACUGAUAAAACUAUUAAAAGAUGGUUAUAAUUCCAUUGCCAUUCCUUAUUCAACAUGUUCUACUAAAUUUUCGUCGUACUUAAACUGGCUGUGUUAACUUCGAUCCGGCCAAUCCUCCUAUGGCGAUCGAUUAUACCAAUUAAAAAAGCGUCCUGGCAGAGCUUGGAAAACAAAACUCUUUCGUAGCUGUGAUGCGAUUAUUUAAUGCUGAUCGUUCGUCUAUCAUAAACAUUUUUAGAGAUGCUCCAAUAUCGAUGUCAAUGCAGUAUUGUCUUACUCUCUGUCUCUUUGUGUAUGAUAUACCUUUGUAUCAAAAUGCUGUCAAUUUUCACUCGAUAUUGAAUGCCAGUAGAUAUAUACAUGCACAUAUAUAUAUAUAUAUAUAUAUAUAUAUAUAUAUGUAUAUGUAUGUAUAUAUACAUACAUACGUACAUAACCACAUACACACAUAUAAACAGUAUAGUAAAAUUUUAUAUGACAAACAAAAUUAUUCUUGGACGUAUAUUGAUUAAUAGCUUCUGUAUAAUUGGGAGCAUCUAAAGAAAUGUUUCUGUCCAUAUACCUGUACCCUAUAUAUUUACACACAAAGACACACUUGCACAUUUUACAUCACAUUUCACUCACUCACAUAUAAAGUACAACUACUUUCAUACUAAUUACAAAUAUUCUAUUUAAUUAUUCAAUUAACUUAAGACUAACCGUGCCCUAGCUCAUAAGUCCAAUGCAAUGCUGUGAAUGAGAAAAAAACGAAACUACAGUCCAUUUACUUGUUAUUUAUAUUAUAUACUUAAUCGUUACGUGAAUUAGCAAAUUCUUUUUAUUACUCUUAUCAUAUUUCAGAAAUUAUACUGAGAUACUAUUAAGGUCUAUUUAUUAUAGUUAAAAUUCUUGCGGAGACCAUUAAAAAAAGUGACAAUUUAUCACAAUGAAAGUGUCACUCAUUGUUUUAUAAUUUCAAUAUUUAUGAUGCACCAGUCAUAUGUAAAUUUGUCUUUUGGCUCAAUAGGACCACCAGCAAUAACUAUGACUGAUGGCAACUAAACAAAAAUAAUUAUUAUACAUAUGUAACAGAUUUUGCCAUGAAUCAAUUAAAGAUCUGUUCAUUAUUAUGGAAUGUUCAGGGAAACCAAACUGUGGAAUUGUUAUGCAAGAGUAAAAACUUUCGCAUUAGCCACAUGUUAAAUUAAAAUAUAUGCUUUGUUAGAAUUCCCAACAGGAUCUUGCUUUUUAUUUCCAAGCUCUCAUAACAAUACAUUUUAGACUAUAAAAGAUAAAUUUAUGGGUUAUAUAUUCUACAAGAACAUUAAAAUUGUAAUAUAGUUUUAUAAUAUUAUUUUAUUCCUAAAGUGGUCUCAAUGUUAAGUUUCUAAUUUAUAUUUAUUUAUACAUUUUUUUUUAUAGCCAAAGCUUUAGAUUAAAUUAUUAACAUUAUUUUAAAAUUUCAACCAUGGCAAGAUACAGAUCACAAUAUAGUAAAUGAAUAUCAGUAUAGAAGGAGCUCUUUUUGUUAACGUAAUGAAUAAUUGUAUUAAGAAUAAUUUAUUAAUCACUUUUGGUAUAAGUAAAUAAAAAUUGGUUGUAUAAGAAGUAAA